AUGGCGCCCAUGGCCGCCACGAUCAACAUGGGCGGGCCUGCCAAGCAGAAGAAGAAGACGAUGGUUAUCGCAUGCAAGCACCAACCGAGCGCGUGCAACGACGAGGAUGACGCGAUUGAUAUCGUCGUGACGUUCCAAGGCGCAGCGUCCGAGGGACGCUUGCGUCUUCGCCGACAGCGCGCCACCAUGCAGCACAGCAGCUACGUGAGCGCGAUGAACGCCGCGGCGGAGACGCUCGGGGCAGCGGUCGACUGGGCAAUGGGCGCGCUAACGGUCUUUCUUGUCGAGCACGCGAUCGAGGCGGACAACGAUGCGCUGCCCGACGUUAGCUUGCCGACAUGCCUCCCGCUUUUCAAAGCGCACGACUUGCAGCUCGAGAUACCGCGGUACCUAGCGUCGCUGCCGCUGCCCAAGGGAUCCAAGCACCUUGUACAAGAUGUGGCUUCCGUCGGCAGACGGCGUCUACCACAUUGCGACGCUUGA